AUGGACGACGCGUUCGACGAGCAGGAGACUCGCGCCGGCCCGUCCAAGUUGCAAAGCGAGGAUGACCAGGAGGGUCACUCAGACCGCAACGGGGAAGAAGAAGAAGAAGAGCACGAGGGACCAGUGAGCGACGAAGACCAUGAGACUGCACACGACGACGGCCUAGGGGACGGCAUGGACCCGUCCGGCUUCUCCGGGCCCUCCUCCAAGGUCGUCAAGCCGCUCACGCCCGAGGCGCUCGCCAAGUUCCAAGCGGAGCAAGACCGCGCGGGCGUCAUCUACAUCUCGCGCAUCCCGCCCGGCAUGCGUCCGCCCAAGGUCCGACAUCUCAUGAGCAUGCACGGCGAAGUCGGGCGCGUGUAUCUCCAACAGGAAGAUCCCAAGCGCGCGUACCUCAGGCGAAAACACACGAGCACCAAGAAGCCGCAUUUCACCGAGGGCUGGGUCGAGUUCAAGGACAAGCGCGUCGCGCGCGCCGUCGCCGAGAUGCUCAACGCGCAACCCAUAGGCGGAAAGAAAGGCAGCCGAUGGCGCGACGACGUCUGGACGAUGAAGUACCUCCCGCGCUUCAAAUGGAACAUGCUCACGGAGCAGAUCGGUGCGUCCCUUUUUCAAGCUUCCCUCCCUCACUUUUCUUUUUUCGUUCCUGAUCGCAAUUGGUUCGAACUUCUGUCACGAUAUGUAAUAUAUAUAGCGCACGAAGCCGCGGUCCACCGCGCCAAGCUCCGCAACGAGCUCGCCCAAUCCCGCGCCGAGCAGCGCGCGUACCUCCAAAACGUAGAGACCGCGCGCGUGCUCGAGAAACGGGCGAAGCGGAAGCGCGAGGCGGGCGUCGACGUCCAAACUCCCUUCCCCGGGCCCCGGCCCAAGGAUCAGCACACCAAGUCAGGGGAGAGUAAAGCCUCCGGGGAAGGGGGAAAGAAGAGGGCGAUGCCACCUGAUAAAGAGACGGAGAAAGAGAAAGGAGAGAAGAAAAGACGGAAGGAGGUGGAGAAGGAGAGAAGGGUGGAGAUGGGCGAGCGGGAGAGGGAGGCUAAGCUGGGCACGGUAUUGAGCAGUAUAUUCUGA